GACCGGGGAAAGGUAGACGAAAGAAAGAGCGCACCUUCCUCCUCUCCUUCGCAACGAAGCUCUCUUUUAAAAGGAGCCUUUACAUUUUCUCUACGGUUCCUUCUUCAGAAACCUAAACCACGUCUUCCACUUCAUCUCAAACCUCAAUAUCUUCUCGUUCCUGCAAAGCUCUAUCCUCUUCUCUAGAAAAGAUGUGUGGCUCAGAGAGCAACCUCUGCUCUUCAAGACCCCUAACGGAAGCGGAAUACAUGAGACGCAAGUCAGAAGAAGGUGUCGCCGCCGCCGCCACGUGUCUUCUUGAGCUCGCCGCCUGCGAUGAUCUCCCGUCCUUCAGGAGAGAGAUCGAAGAGAACUCGAUAGAUAUCAACGAACCGGGCUUCUGGUACUGCAGACGGGUCGGGUCAAAGAAGAUGGGUUUUCAAGAGAGAACACCUCUCAUGGUUGCUGCUAUGUACGGAAGCAUCGAUGUUCUAACUUACAUAAUCUCCACCGGAAACGCUGACGUGGACAGAGUUUCAGGCGACGAGAAAGUCACUGCUCUUCACUGUGCUGUUUCAGCCUGUUCUGUCUCAAUCGUUCAAGUCAUCAAGAUCUUGCUUGAUGCCGCCUCUGCUUCACCUAACUGCGUUGACGCUAAUGGAAACAAACCGGUUGACCUAAUGGUUCGAGCUUCUCGGUUUAUACCUAACCAGACAAGAAGAGCUGUUGAGCUUCUGUUAACCGGAAGUUCGGUUAGUUUGAUGGAAGAACAGGAGGAGGAGGAAGUGAAGAGUGUUGUGUCGUCUAAGUAUCCAGCUGAUGCGUCCCUCCCUGACAUCAACGAAGGCGUUUACGGAACAGACGAGUUUAGGAUGUUUAGCUUCAAGGUCAAGCCAUGUUCUAGGGCUUACUCACACGACUGGACCGAGUGUCCUUUUGUUCAUCCUGGUGAGAACGCGAGGAGGAGAGAUCCGAGGAAGUAUCCUUACACUUGUGUGCCUUGUCCUGAGUUUCGUAAAGGGUCUUGUCCUAAAGGAGACUCAUGCGAGUAUGCGCACGGUGUUUUCGAGUCUUGGCUCCACCCUGGGCAAUAUAAGACACGGCUUUGUAAAGACGAGACCGGUUGUGCGAGGAGAGUCUGUUUCUUUGCUCAUAGAAGAGAUGAGUUGAGACCGGUUAAUGCUUCUACUGGCUCAGCGAUGGUUUCACCUCAGUCACCUGAGAUGUCUGUUAUGAGCUCUCCUAUGGGUAAUAACGGUGUUCCUUUGUCUCCAAGAAACGGUGGUUUAUGGCAGAACAGAGUUAACAGCCUUACACCACCACCGUUGCAGCUUAACGGUAGUAGGUUGAAGUCUAGUUUGAGCGCUAGAGAUAUGGAUAUGGAGAUGGAACUAAGGUUUCGUGGUUUGGAUGGUCAUAGGCUCGGUGACUCUGUGAUGUCUCCGAGCAGGUAUUCUCAGAUGAACCAUUACCCGUCUUCCCCUGUGAGGCAAGCGCCUCCUCAGAGGUUUGAGUCUUCAGCAGCUAUGGCAGCUGCGGUGAUGAACGCUAGAUCUUCAGCGUUUGCUAAACGCAGCUUGAGUUUCAAACCGGCUCCAGUAGCUGCUUCUAAUGUCUCGGAUUGGGGAUCACCUAACGGGAAGGUUGAGUGGGGGAUGCAAAGAGAGGAGAUGAACAAGAUGAGGAGAAGUGUCUCCUUUGGCAUUCAUGGGAAUCACAACAAUAACAAUGUGUCACGUCCUGUGAGAGACUACAGCGAUGAGCCAGAUGUGUCUUGGGUGAACUCACUGGUGAAAGAUAGUACACAGGAGAGAGACUUUGGGUUGAAUGGUGCAGCGGUUAGGGACGAGUUUAAGCUACCGUUGUGGGCAGAGCAAAUGUACAUAGACCAUGAGAAGCAGCAGAGUGUGGCAUAAGCAGCAGAAAGAAUCUAACAAAUCUUGGUAAUAAUUCUUUGAUUUUGUGUUUGUCAGCCAUAAUUAUCUACUAGUAUAUGUUUCUUUAUAUUCUCUUGUUUUUUUUUUCUUUAAAAAAUGUCAUUCUCUUGUCUCUGUGACACUAUGUAAUGAUUGAAAGAAAAUAAUUGAUGAAUGAGUUCAAUGAA